AUGGUCGAAAGCGGGAAAGAAAAGUCAGACAUUUUCACGACUGAAACAGAAGGAAACGCUUCGCUAAAGCGCAAAAUAAACUCUGAGGGGGACUUCGAAGGUUAUGGAUUUGGAUACAAUGGUUUUAUGCAACUAGGUGGGCAUAUUUUUGAAGGUGACCAAGAGCCUCCACAGAACUCUUGUAAGCUUAUUUCCAAGUCGUCAUUAUUAUAUCCCUUGGCUUUGAAUGUCCCCCGUGUUAGUAUAGUGGCAUCCUGGUCUACCACCUUUUUUGUAAAAGGUAGGUACGCAGUUUUAUUUGGUCGUGAGCUUGGAAAGUGUUCCAUUAUUUAUAAUAUACCUCUCAAGGUUUGAUGAUAAGUCACUUGCGUGUUAUUUUAGUAUCUAUUUUACCCGAAAAGAAACAGCAGUGUCCUAUAUACACAGGGCACUGUAGUUCCUUUAUUUAUAGCCUACAGUUUUCUUACUGGGCCACCUGUUUAACACAACCCUCUUUAAAAUAAUAGUUGACUCACCAUUCUUUCAUUUCAAUAAGCCACUAUAUAGCCUGCGAGAGCAUCUGGUUUUUUCGGCUCAAGUUUCUAGUUUCACCCGCCUAGAAGGAACGGUUUUUCUCAGCAAGUGAAACUAGAAACUUGAGCAGAAAAAGACAGACGAUCUCACAGGCUAGCCAGUAUAGUCCUUUCCCGCGAAGCGCAGAUGUAUUUCCGGUCGUCUGUUGCUUCGCUCCCUUAGAGGGAGAGGAGUGAGGACAGGAGAUACGUGUGUGCUUCGCAGACUUGUUUAGUCCAGGGGCACUAAAAAUAUUAGUCUCCUAGCGGCUAAGUAGAGGAAUUGCAGUAGGUUUUUUUCCCCUCUGGUUUUGUCCUAUAAAAUGCAAAUUCAGGGUGUCAGACCACAGGUUACCCAGGCUCACUGUUUGUUUCAAGUAUGGGUUUCAUAACAUGAGUAAAUGUAGAGAACAUAUGGGGCGAAGUUUAGGUCUACAUAGUAAAGGAAUGAUGAAGGAGAUUAUUUUUUGCCGAAACUUCAUGUACAUGUAUAUAUUGAGGACAACAACAAUUUGCCACAUGGUAAGUUUCAUCGAUUCUUAUUUCCAUUUUCUAGCAAAUCUCCAGACCUAAACUUCGCCCCAUGAAACCCAUAUGUGACAAAAACAGUGAGCCUGGGUCACCUGUGGUCAGAGCCUUCAGUCAGUAGUGCCCUGAGUACUUACCCCUCCCCCCUAACCCCCUAAAGAACUGUGUGAUCCCAUGGUUUUGGCUAUAAAUACAGCAUUUGUCUUCCCUAAAACUAGUUAACGGUCAAUAAUCAUACUGUACACAUCAUUUAAGAUGACAAUCGCAAGGUUGAAGUAUAGAGAAUGUCAGGAAAAUAGACUGUUCUUGGAAAUUGUUUGCCACUUAUAUACCCUGUCUGUGGCAUUGUCAAGUUCAAAGUCCUUUUGAUAAUGUUGAUAAUGUUAGCUGAAUAUAGCUGUUAGAGGGCAAAAUUAAAUUCAGGUUAAAAUUUUUUGAGCAAGGUUGAUUCUCCUAUCCCUAUUUCAUGAACAAUUAGGGCUAGAGGACAAAGGAAAUUAAGAAUCAACCUAGGUUGAAACAUUUAAAGCUGAUCAUAGUUUUGACCUGCAAUGUGGCCACUUUAGCUGUUUGGCAGCAUAGAACUAACAGGUUUAUAAUCAUGUCACCAGAAAAUGAUCUUACACGCUCAAAACGGCACAAACUGAUUGAGACCUUUCCUCACUUUAUGAUACAUUAAGCGCAACAAAUAUACAUAUUUAAAGCUCUUUAACUCAAAGUAACACAGCUUGCAUCUAAGUGAGAUCUAUAACUCUGUGACUUGACUGGACUCAACAGAAUUAAUCUCAAUGUAUACUACGAGAUGUGUCAAAAUAAUUAUCUUUAGUUUCACAUGGUUGCCAGAAUACCAUCUAAUUUCAAAAAUUAUAAUCUAUUAUCUAUAAGAAAAUGGGACAGUCCAAACUAUGGGGUGGAUUCCUGGAACAAAAGAAGGUGGUGAAGUACAGAAUCUCCUCCCAGAUUAUUUUGUCACAGAUGCAUGCUGUAGUUGGAGACGACUUGCAUUUCUGACGAGUGAGGGCGAAUGUGUUCUUUGGAGUGACUACACCAAUGAACAGUCACAUCCAAGAAAAUUUGAGGCCGGUAACAGAAAAUUUAAGGCUGCAGGAUGCUUAGAAUCGAGCUGCAUACUUCUAUCAGGCAAGUUUUACUUCACGCUUAGAAUAUCAAGGAUAAGGAUCAUUCUCUGAAAUACCUGGAAACAUACAUAUUGUACAGAAAUCAGACUGCCAUCAAUACAAUGUUUUUUGCUCAUUUUAAGUUACCUGUUCAAGUGUCUACCAGUAUAUAUUACUGUAGAUUUUGCCAUGCAUGAUUUUAAUCCCUUAUUACAGAAUAAUUGCAUAUGCUUUUAUCAAUUAACUAACAUCGUGUAGCACCUGAAGGAACUCCUUUAGAAAAUGCACAACUCACCUUUUUUUAAUCAGUUCAACCCUGAAUGACAAUAUUAUUUUUGCGGUGGGUGUGUCCUUUUGAUUGUACGUGUAUUGUACAUUGUACUUCUUCAAUCUGCAAAGUUUUUCCCGUCUCAAGUUAGACAUAUCUGUUGUACAGAUGAUGGCCAAGCUGGUUAUGUAUUACAUGAACAAGACCAGAAUGCCACCAAAGAUUUAAACAAAUCAGCUUCAAUGAUCUUUAAACCAAUGGACCUGUUGAAACAGAUGACAUCAAUUGCUUGUGGGAAGGAACAUGAACUGCUUUUGUCUUCAUCAGGGGAAGUUUACAGUCUUGGCAAUGGAAGGUAGAUAGCUAGGGUCUGAAAUUUUUUUUUCAAUACAGGGGCCAUCUGACAAUGUACUGUGUAAUAAAAUUUUUUGGUCGCCAGUUGGCAUAAAGUGGUUGCCAGAAAAUUUCCCCUUUCUUUAAUACCAUAGGAAAGAAAAGAAUGCUUUGUACAUUUUAAAUGCUCUUGUAAAAACAGGCCUACUGUACUCUGGUGAUGGUAUAAUUUUGUGUGUGGGUAUAAAACUGUUUGCAGUUGUAUUUGCAGUCACUUGUUUUUGUGAGUGGGGAUUUUAAUCUUUUCCAGUGUGGACAUUCAGUGCGUCUCUUUUUUGUUUUGUUUUUUUAAUUUUUAUCCAAGUUAAGCUACUGCAAAUUAUCACUGGUGUAAUAAAUUAAUUAUUUGGAUUUGUUUUAAGUUGUCUUUUACAUACUUUGUUACAAACGACUACAGUAAACACCCGCAUAUCACAACCAUGAUUUUGGGCAUCAGGCUGAUUAAGUUCUGGCAUCUUCUUUCUUAUUUUGUACCUCAACAUGUUUUAUUUUAUCAGGCUGAAUUCUUUGUUAUUUAAUAUUCAUGUAUAAUUAUACAUUUAUAUAAUCAAUUAUUAUGGUCAGCUUUUAUUUAUUGGCCAAUUUUCAGCCUGAUGUUCUUAAUCCACUUGCUCUUAUAUGUACUUAAAAUAUUUACACACAGUAGAGGACAACUUGGACGUGGUUUAAUCGUUGAAGAGCAAAGUGCUGCAGUUAUUCAAGCCCUGGAGGGAAUCAAGAUUCAGUUUAUAUCUGCAGGUGGUUGGCAUUCUGCAGCAAUAAGUAGUAAGAGUGGAUUUCAUUAAUUUUUUCAAAUGUUUUCUUCUCUUAAUUGCACAGUUAUUUAUAUCUAUUUAAUAUUUCAGUCAGGGAUUACUGGUCAUACCGUAGUUAGUAGAUCGAGGAGACUGGUUAUGAAAGGUGGCAAACAACAAAGAUAGAAACAACGGUGCUGCAGUUUCCUUGAUCUUUUGUUGUCUGUUCACAAAUUGUGACUGAAUGAACUGAUGCGACAUUUUAAUUGGUCAAUAAAAUUAGCCUGGGAGCAAGCUCUCCAGGGCGCUCUGGCAGUGUGGCAGGAAAAGGAAGGAGAGCUUGCAAUUAUAUCUCUGGAAUUUGAAUUCCACCUCCAAUUCCCCUGUGGCUCCCCGUCGACUGAGCUGUCAGAUUUCCUCCAAUCAGUGCGAAGUGAGAACGAGCGCGAAUGUAAACAAACAUUUAAAACCACUUGCCAAGGGUAAUGACGUCAUCACAAAUGUCAUCCAAUCAGCAUUUCGCAUCAACUUUUUCGAUGCAGAUAGUCAAAUUCCAGAGACCAGUAAGUAGUUGCAAGCUCUCCUUCCUUUUCCCACCUCACCGCCAGAGUGCCCUAGAGAGCUUGUUCACAAGCUGCGAUAAUACCAAAAUGAUAGGGAUGCUUUUGAACAUUGUGCAUCAUCAGGUCCACAAAUGCAAUAACAAAGAGGUCUGACUGGCUUCAUAGCCAUUCCACUCCAUUUACAUGGUUGUACAUGUAGAGCAGUCCCACACUCAUGGUUUGGAUUAUUUUAGACUGGGUUUCAACUAUCAGAGAACAUUAUUUUGAAUGGAGUAACAAAUUCUUAUUGUUGGGUUCCAAAUUCCCAUUAUUCUAAUUUGUAUUCUACUUACAUUGUAACAUUGCCUGUUCCUUAGGCCUUUCUUCUUUAUAUCUCUUUGUUGUAUUUUUUAGUUUCCUUAAACAUGUAUUUCUAUGAGGAUGACUUGUUUAUGACUAGAGCAAUGGUAUCAAAGCAGCUGUUUAAAUGCAGCUUUUUAGCCUCUGAGAAAACUUAAACUGUUUGUCGAAAUGUUCACUUUAAAAUCACCCAGUCUUUCGUCUUUUCCCACCCCACCCUCAAACUUUUUAUGGUCGGCUUCUUACUGUUACCCCUUACUAUUAAAGGUACUAAGAAAUAAUAAAAUAAGACAAAUCAAAAACAUAAAAAAUAAAUAUCUGAAUAGUGAAUUUGAUCUUCAUCUUCAUCCAGAUCUUACUGGCAAAAUACACUAGUGACUGUGUGCGUGUGAUCGUGAGACUCCGUGUCUGAAUGUCUCGUAUCACUUUCAGAACUCAUUAUUCUUGUUUUAUCUUGAGAUGUUUACAUUCAAGCUUUAGCUACUUUCCUUUGAUUUGUGCUUUUUUAACUAAAAGAGGUCAGGGAAAACUCAAAAAAAUCUCCACACACUGCUUGGGAAAUCUGCUUGCCGUGAAACGGAAUGUCCUGAAAUGACGUCGCAAUCAUUCCCAAAAUGUGAUAUGGAGAGAGAUUGUAUCGUUUGUACCCCACUGGAAGUGAAAUUUCGCGUUUUUGGUUGGUCAGACAAUAUUUCCUUAUCAGUACAACGUGUUAAGAUUCUAUCACCAAAUAAAAAAAAUUGUCACAUACACUUUAAAGGCCCAACACAUGUUUCAUUCACAUUGUGUUUUGUUUAUUGAUCUACUGUUUAAUAGAAAGUGGUGAUCUUUACAUGUGGGGAUGGAACGAGACAGGACAGCUGGGUUUGUCUGUCAAUCAUGAUGACACUGAUGAUGACAGGCAGACAGCAACUAGUGGAAAAGUUCCAUGUCAGACCUUCUCUGUCCCUGUGGACUUUCCUGGUGAUUUAGAUGUUAUGACAGUUAGCUGUGGAUCAAGACACACUGCUGCAAUAGCUGGUACAUCAAGC